GGCGGCGUCAUGUGAUCCGCUUCCCUGCUCCUUUAAGCGUCCACAGGCGGCGGAGCGGCCACAAUCACAGCUCCGGGCACUGGGGGAGCCCGAGCCGGCUGCGCCCGGGGAAUCGGUGCGGGCGCCUUUCGUCCCGGUCCCAUCCUCGCCACACUCCGGCACCCCAGAAGUUUUGCAGCGUCCAGAGAGGAGGCGAGGAAGGAGGGAGCGUGAGCAGGGAGGAAGCAAAAAAAAAAAAACACCACACACCCUGAAACAUUUAUUUUAAGGAGAAAGGGGGAGAACAGGGGGGCGCAAAAAUGGCUGGGGCAAUUAUAGAAAACAUGAGCACCAAGAAGCUGUGCAUUGUUGGUGGGAUUCUGCUCGUGUUCCAAAUCAUCGCCUUUCUGGUGGGAGGCUUGAUUGCUCCUGGGCCCACAACAGCAGUGUCCUAUAUGUCAGUGAAAUGUGUGGAUACCCAUAAAAACCAUCACAAGACAAAAUGGCUAAUGCCUUGGGGAGCCAACCAGUGUGACAAGAUCCGAGACUUCAAUGAAGCAAUUACAAAGGAAAUCCAAGCCAAUGACAUUGUUUUUUCUGUGCACAUUCCCCUCCCUUCCAUGGAGAUGAGUCCUUGGUUCCAAUUCAUGCUGUUCAUCCUCCAGCUGGAUAUUGCCUUCAGGCUGAACAAUCAGAUCCGAGAAAAUGCAGAAGUUUCGAUGGACGUUUCGCUGGCUUACCGGGAUGAUGUGUUUGCUGAAUGGACAGAAAUGGCCCAUGAAAGAGUGCCACGAAAACUCAAAUGCACCUUUACAUCCCCCAAGACCCCAGAGCAUGAGGGGCGUUACUAUGACUGCGAUGUCCUUCCGUUCAUGGAAAUUGGCUCGGUAGCUCAUAAAUACUACCUCCUAAACAUCCGACUGCCUGUCAACGAGAAGAAGAAAAUCAACGUCGGGAUCGGGGAGAUAAAGGAUAUCCGUCUGGUGGGGAUCCAUCAAAAUGGAGGCUUCACCAAGGUGUGGUUUGCCAUGAAGACCUUCCUCACACCCAGUAUCUUCAUUAUCAUGGUGUGGUACUGGAGGAGGAUUACCAUGAUGUCUCGACCCCCGGUGCUUCUGGAAAAAGUCAUCUUUGCCCUUGGAAUUUCCAUGACCUUUAUUAACAUCCCAGUGGAAUGGUUUUCCAUUGGGUUUGACUGGACCUGGAUGCUGUUGUUUGGUGACAUUCGACAGGGCAUCUUUUAUGCAAUGCUUCUCUCCUUCUGGAUCAUCUUCUGUGGCGAGCACAUGAUGGAUCAGCAUGAGCGGAAUCACAUUGCAGGAUACUGGAAACAAGUCGGGCCAAUUGCCGUUGGCUCUUUCUGCCUCUUCAUCUUUGACAUGUGUGAGAGAGGGGUGCAACUCACGAAUCCUUUCUACAGUAUCUGGACUACAGAUGUUGGAACAGAGCUGGCUAUGGCGUUUAUCAUUGUGGCCGGGAUUUGUCUCUGCCUCUACUUCCUGUUUCUGUGCUUCAUGGUGUUUCAGGUCUUUCGGAACAUCAGUGGGAAGCAGUCCAGCCUGCCAGCCAUGAGCAAGGUCCGGCGACUGCACUAUGAGGGUCUAAUUUUCAGGUUUAAGUUUCUCAUGCUUAUCACCUUGGCCUGUGCUGCUAUGACUGUCAUCUUCUUCAUUGUUAGUCAGGUGACUGAAGGCCAUUGGAAGUGGGGCGGGGUCACAGUCCAGGUGAACAGUGCCUUUUUCACCGGCAUCUAUGGAAUGUGGAACCUGUACGUCUUUGCUUUGAUGUUCUUAUAUGCACCAUCCCACAAGAACUAUGGGGAUGACCAAUCCAAUGGUGAUCUGGGCGUCCACAGUGGGGAAGAACUCCAGCUCACCACCACUAUCACCCACGUGGAUGGACCCACCGAGAUCUACAAGUUGACCCGCAAGGAGGCCCAGGAGUAGGAAGAGGCUACCUCCCCGCCCCCAGCCACUCUACCUGGAGUGGGGAGUGUGCCCAAGAGAGCUCAGAGCACAAGCAUAUGCCCCUGUCUCUUAGCUGUGGGACAUUUUGUCGGUUUGCCUUCUUAUGGUAGCCUUCAGAGGAAGAUUCCUGCAGCCACUAGUGCGUCGUGUGAUAACAAAGCCUAUGUAUGACACAUUUUUGGUGACCAUUGUUAAUUAGUGACAUAGGAACAUCUGUAGCAGGUGGUUAGUCACCUCGUGUCAGGGGUGUAUCCUUAGGGGAUGGUUUGGGCCAGCUGUGGGGACUGUACUGUGUCAAGUGGAAUAUUUGACUCUUUUUCCUGUUUUAAACUCUAGGAUAGAUUUUAAACAUCUUUUGCAGUCCAAGAUAGACUGGGGUCAUAGUCUCACCCCUAGUCCAUGACCACUUUUUUUUUCCUAUUUAUAUCACCAGGUAGCCUCUUGCAUUAAUAUUUAAGUUGCAUCUUUCUUUUUUAUGGCAUAAUGUAAAAUAACUGAAUUUCAUCAAAAAGUCUAUUACACCAGGGGCAUUUCAGCUUUGAAACCAAAUCUUGUGUAACCAGUACUGACUAAUCUGUUGGAUGUGGGUUUAAAAAAAAUGUUUGCUAAACUAUUCAAGUAGAAUUUAUUGUAUUAAAUGGCCUUUGGGUCUGAAAUGCGCUUUUUUUUAAAAAAAAAAAAAGCCUCUCGCUUAAAUGUGUCUUCUUUUGAUAAGAUGCUUCAAACAGCCUCCAAAAAUAUCAAUUUGGCCAUUUAAAGAAACCUGUAU